UUCACGAGUAUUUGUAGUAGACCUACCACUUUGUAACAUUCUUAUUAUAGGCCUAUGUGUAUUAUUAAGCAUGACGCUAUGCAUAAUACACAUUAAGAUGGGGACUGUCUGGGCUCAAUGACAACGCCAACCGCCAAUAGAAAACCCAGAAGAAGAAGAUCCUGUACAAUCCAUAAAUCGUUGUUGCAUUCAGUCUGGGAGGUCAGGUCAGACAGACAACCAUAUGUUAGAGCUUUUCUGCACUAACUGUGAGAGGUUGGAAUUCUCAUGGGAGAGGUGUACGUUUCCUCGGAUCCCCUUUGACAGUGAGGUGAUGACUCCUUGCACGUGCUAAAUCACUUUGCACAUAAAGGCCAAGGCCAACGAUGGACAAAUCUUCUCUUAGAAUAAUGUAAUUAGCCCGGAGGGAUUUUGCGGUGAAGAUCAAAGCCUCAAUUCACAUAUUCUUUGACAGAAUAAAGUGCUGCCGUUUACACUUAUUUUUGUUUAUAUUACUUGUUGAUUGCGCGUUUGCUGAAGGCAGUGGCAGCUCGCCUGCAAAAUGGAUGAAAGGUUUCUUUGGUUCCCAACAUUCUCGAAGCGGGGGGAUUAGAAAUAAUCUGAUUACUGGUUCAGUAGGACCGCAGGAAAGCAGAGAGACGCGCACUUCACCAUGUAGUAACGCCGCGGCUAACUGCCCACCGAACAAUUAAAAAGAUGUGUCGUCGCACGAAUGUGCCCCCCCGACGGUUUCUGAGUCGUCUGUGACCUCCCUGCUCUUUAUGGGGGGUGCGACAGGGGGGUAUCGAGGAGCAAUCAUGGGCGCCAGAAGCCAAAUAUGGCUUCUCAUGUGGAAGAACUGGACCCUCCGGAAAAGACAAAAGAUCCGUUUCUUUGCGGAGAUCAUGUGGCCUGUGAUGCUGUUCAUCGGCCUGGUGUGGCUGAGGAGGGCCAACCCACUCUACCGACAACACGAAUGCCACUUCCCCAACAAAGCCAUGCCCUCCACGGGGAUCCUGCCUUGGAUCCAAGGCAUCUUCUGCAACGCCAACAACCCCUGUUUUCAGUACCCCACGCGCGGGGAGGCGCCGGGACUGGUGUCCAACUACAACAACUCACUGCUGGCUCGGUUCUGGGCGGACACGCAGGAGCUUUUCCUGAGCGACCCGGAAGUUCUGCAACUGGGCAGACUCUGGGACGAGCUCACUACCAUGGGCAACUUCAUGGACACGCUGCGCAACAACCCACAGUUAUUCGAAGGUCGUGGUGUGAAGGUGGAAGAGAUACUAAAGGAUGACGAGUCGGUCACCUCUUUCCUGCUAAGAGACGUGCCUCUGUCUGACUCCGUGGUCUACCAGCUGAUGAACGCUAGAGUCCGUCCUGAACAGUUUGCGUAUGGCGUGCCCGACCUGCAGCUGAAGGACAUAGCGUGCAGCCAGUCUCUCCUGGAGCGCUUCCUGAUCUUCCCCAGCCGCCGGGGCCUGUACGCCGUGCGCCACGCCAUGUGUGCCCUCUCGCCCAUGCGCCUGCAGAUGAUCGAGGACCGCUUCUACGCCAACAUAGACUUCUUCAAGCUCUUCCGUGUGCUCCCUCGUGUUCUGGAUGGCCACUCGAGUGGACUAGACCUGCGCUUCUGGUCACAAGCACUAUCAGGAUCAUCAAGGAAAAUCCAAGAGCUGAUGAACAGGAGUAGCGGCAAAGAGCUGGUGACCCUGCUGAGCUCCCUGUUGCGUGUGGAUGCCCCCACCCCCACCUUCACCACGCUCAUGUCCACCCUCUCCAGCCUGGUGUGUGGCUACAGCGAGGGGGCCUUCUCGCGCGUCAUGUCCUUCAACUGGUACGAGGACAACAACUACAAGGCCUUCCUGGGCAUCGACAGCUCCCGGCAGGCCCAGCGCGACUACAAGUACGACAGCACCACCACUCCGUUCUGCAAUGACCUGAUCCAGGAGCUGGAGUCGAACCCCAUCACGCGCAUCGUCUGGAGCUCCGUCAAGCCACUGCUCAUGGGACACAUCCUUUACGCACCCGACUCCCCCGCCACUCGCAAGAUCAUUAAGAACGCCAACAGCACGUUUGAGGAGCUGGAGCGUCUGAGGACCAUGGGCCUGGCCUGGGAGGAGGUGGGCCCUCAGCUCUGGGCCUUCUUCAAGGACAGCGUACAGAUGAACAUGAUCAGGAGCUCCAUCAUGAACCCGACGGUGAUGCACCACCUGAAGCGGAGCCUGCGCAGCAUGCCCUUCACCGUAAAUCACAUCCUCAACUUCCUCUUCACCGGGCCCGAGGAGGAACGCCAACCUGGCAUGCCCGCCUUCGACUGGCGCAACGUCUUCAACAUGACGGACCGCGCCAUUCGCACCAUCAAUCAGUAUGCCCAGUGUCUGGAGCUGGACAAGUUCAAGCCCCUCACCACUGAUGACGAGCUGACCUACCUGGCUCUGGACCUGCUGGACGAGGGGAAGCUGUGGGCCGGCCUGGUCUUCCAGGACAUCUACCCCUGGACCACCACUGUCCCCCCACACGUCAAGUUCCAGAUCCGCAUGGACAUAGACGUGGUGGAGCGCACCAACAAGAUCAAGGACAGAUACUGGGACCCGGGUCCGAGAGCUGAUGCCAUGGAAGACCUGCGGUAUGUGUGGGGUGGCUUCGCCUACCUCCAGGACAUGGUGGAGCACGCGGUCAUCAAGACCCACACAGGGAAGGAGUGGCCUCUAGGGGUGUACCUGCAGCAGAUGCCCUACCCCUGCUACGUGGACGACCUCUUCAUGUUGACCCUGAACCGCUGCUUCCCCAUCUUCAUGGUGCUGGCCUGGGUCUACUCGGCCUCCAUGAUCGUGAAGAGCAUCGUGCUGGAGAAGGAGCUGCGGUUGAAGGAGACACUGAAGGCCAUGGGCGUCACCAACGGCGUCAUCUGGGCCACCUGGUUCAUAGACAGCUUCUUCAUCAUGUCCAUGAGCACCGCCCUGCUCACUGCUAUCACUAUGGGUGGCAACGUGCUGAACUACAGUGACCCGCUGAUCCUCUUCCUGUUCCUGAUGGCCUUCACCACGGCGACCAUCAUGCAGUGUUUCCUGAUGAGCGUGUUCUUCAGCAAGGCCAACCUGGCGGCGGCCUGCAGCGGCAUCAUCUACUUCAGCCUCUACCUGCCCCACAUCCUCUGCUUCGCCUGGCAGGACCGCAUCACCAAGGACAUGAAGCUCAUGUUCAGUCUGCUGUCUCAGGUGGCGUUUGGCUUCGGGACGGAGUACCUGUCCCGUUACGAGGAGCAGGGGCUGGGGCUGCAGUGGGACAACAUCCAGACCAGCCCCCUGGAGGGCGACGAGUUCUCCUUCCGCACCUCCAUCGUCAUGCUGGCCGUGGACACCGUGCUCUACGCCGUGCUGGCCUGGUACCUGGACAACGUCUUCCCAGGGCAAUAUGGGAUUCGGCGGCCGUUUUAUUUCUUUGUCCAGCCAUCCUACUGGAAAGGGUCCGAUGUUUCCCCACCAGGUGAGUACAAUGAAGACACAGUAAGUACAGUAUGUACUUUUGAGGACGAGCCCCUGGGUCUGGAGGUGGGGGUGUGUGUGCAGAACCUGGUGAAGAUCUUCAGUGGCAGCUCCAGGCCAGCGGUGGACGGCCUCACCAUCAGCUUCUACGAGGGCCAGAUCACCGCCUUCCUGGGCCACAACGGAGCCGGCAAAACCACCACCAUGUCCAUCCUCACUGGACUGUUCCCUCCGACCUCUGGGACGGCGUUAAUUUAUGGGAAGGACAUCCGCACGGACAUGGACACUAUCCGCCGCUCCCUGGGCAUGUGCCCCCAGCACAACAUCCUCUUCAACAAUAUGACGGUGGCGGAGCAUAUCCUGUUCUACUCCCUCCUGAAGGGUCGGCCGGUGCCCGAGGCCCAGGAGGAGAUGGAGAACAUGCUGGAAGACCUGGGCAUGCCGCACAAGAGGGACGAGGAGGCUCAGAACCUCUCAGGUGGGAUGCAGAGGAAGCUGUCUGUUGCCAUGGCGUUUGUGGGCGGUGCCAAGGUAGUGAUUCUGGACGAGCCGACGUCGGGAGUGGACCCCUACUCUAGACGCUCCAUCUGGGAUCUGCUGCUCAAGUACCGAGAAGGUCGUACGGUGAUCUUGUCCACGCACCACAUGGACGAGGCGGACCUGCUGAGUGACCGCGUGGCCAUCAUCUCUCUCGGCCGGCUGCACUGCUGCGGGUCGCCCCUCUUCCUCAAGAAGCGCUUCAGCGCCGGCUUCUACCUCACACUCGUACGCCGCAUGAAGGACGGACCUCCGCUCGUCAAGAAAAAGGACCAGUGUCACUGUGAGCAGAAGUGCACCUGUAAGUGCUCCCUCUGCGCCAAGUCUAAAGAGGGCGACCUAGCUGAGCCUGGUGUUUGCCGUAGACAGAUGGAAGGUGAUGUGGAGGCCAUUACGGCUCUGGUCCACCACCACGUCCCCGAGGCGCGGCUGAUCGAGGAGAUCGGCCAGGAGCUGACCUACCUGCUGCCCCACCGCGGCUUCAAGAACCGUGCCUACGCCAGCCUGUUCAGAGAGCUGGAGGAGUCCCUCACAGACAUGGGCCUCAGCAGCUUUGGGGUCUCAGACACCUCCCUGGAGGAGAUAUUCAUGAAGGUCACUGCAGAUGGCCAAGCAGCCCAGCAGGACAAGGCACCAGCAGAGGACAGUAAGGAGGUGCAGACCAAUGGGCAGGGAGGUGGAGGUGGCGGACGCAUGUUGGAGGCGAAUGAUGGCCGCGGCUCGCGGCAGGUGAAGGGGCUCCCUCUCAUCAUGAAGCAGUUUGUCGCCCUGAUCAUCAAGCGCUACCAUCACUCCAUGCGCUCCACCAAAGACUUCCUCGCUCAGAUUGUUCUUCCUGCCAGCUUUGUGUUCGUGGCUCUGAUGUUCACCCUCGUCGUUCCCCCAUUUGGAGAGUACCCUACUCUGACCCUCACACCCUGGAUGUAUGGACGGCAGUUUACCUUCUUCAGCAAUGAGCAGCCCCAGGAUCCCACCAUGAGAUACUUUGCAGACGUGCUGCUGAACAGGCCGGGUUUUGGAACGCGCUGCAUGACAGAAGAGCCACUGAAGGAGUUCCCCUGCAACAACAUCACCACGGAGUGGGAGAUGCCGAUGGUCAACCCGGUGCUGAUCGAGUGGCUGGAGCGGCCGUACUGGACGGAGCUCCACCCCUCCCCUGGCUGCCAGUGCAGCACGCCCAGGAAGCUCACCAUGCUGCCGGACUGCCCCGAGGGAGCCGGGGGGCUGCCCCCUCCACAGAGGAUCCAGUCCACAGGGGAUGUGUUGUUGGACCUGACCCGCAGAAAUAUAUCGGACUUCCUGGUGAAGACUUACCCCAGCCUGAUCAGAACCAGUUUGAAGAGCAAAUAUUGGGUGAAUGAACAAAGAUAUGGAGGAAUCUCUGUGGGAGGUCAGCUUCCAGUUCUGGAUGUGGAACCAAGAGCAAUCCAGGAGACGGCCACUCAACUUGGACGCCUACUCAACAUUACAGGGGGACCGAAUUCCAGGCUUGCUCUCGAUGAGAUUGGAACGUUUCUGAGGUACAUGGAGACCGAAUACAAUGUAAAGGUCUGGUACAAUAAUAAAGGCUGGCAUGCCAUGGUGGCCUUCAUGAACGUGGCCAAUAACGCCAUCCUGAGAGCCCACUUGCCCGCCGGUGCCAACCUGGCAGAGUACGGCAUCACCGUGGUCAACCACCCACUCAACCUCACUAAGGACCAGCUCUCAGAAGUCACAGUUCUGAGCACCUCUGUGGAUGCGGUGGUGGCUAUCUGCGUGAUCUUUGCCAUGUCCUUUGUGCCGGCCAGCUUUGUCCUCUACCUCAUCCAGGAGCGCGUCACCCAGGCCAAGCACCUGCAGUUCGUCAGCGGCGUCAGCCCCUUCAUCUACUGGGUCGCCAACUUCCUCUGGGACAUGGUAAACUACACAGUGAGUGCAGGGUUGGUGGUGGCCAUUUUCGUUGCCUUUGACAAGAAAUGCUACACGUCACCCACCAACCUCAAUGCCCUGAUCACUCUGCUGCUGCUCUAUGGUUGGUCUGUGACGCCCAUGAUGUACCCGUUGUCGUACGUGUUCAGCAUCCCGAGCACAGCGUACGUCUCCCUGUCGAGUAUCAAUCUCUUCAUCGGCCUCAACAGCAGUGCCAUCACCUUCAUCCUCGACCUGUUUGACAGCACGGGUCUGUAUAAGUGUAACCAGGCGUUGAAGCGCGUGCUGCUCAUCUUCCCCCACUACUGCCUGGGCAGGGGCCUUAUCGACAUGGCCAUGAAUCAGGCCGUCACCGAGGUCUACGCACGUUUUGGCGAGGACUUUCAGCUAGACCCUUUUCACUGGGACUUCCUGGGCCGGAAGAUGGCCUUCAUGGCCGCCGAGGGCUUCAUCUACUUCGCCUUCAACAUCCUCAUCCAGUACCGCUUCUUCCUCACACAGUGGAUGGCAGACUGCAGUCUGCCCCCACUGUCAGAGGAGGAUGUGGAUGUGGCCAAGGAGAGAGAGCGCCUCCACAUGGAGAACAGCAGCUGUGACAUCCUGCAGAUCAAAGACCUGACUAAGCUAUACACAGGCCGCAAUACACCAGCGGUGGACCGGAUAUGCGUGGGUGUGUCGCCUGGAGAGUGCUUUGGACUGCUGGGGGUGAAUGGAGCCGGGAAGACCACUACCUUUAAAAUGCUGACAGGAGACAUCGAGGUCACAUCAGGUGAAGCUGCCGUCACAGGACACAGCAUCCUGACCAACAUCCUGGAUGUGCAUCAGAACAUGGGCUACUGUCCUCAGUUCGAUGCCAUCGAUGACCUGCUGACUGGGAGAGAACAUCUGCACCUCUACGCUCGCCUCAGAGGGGUCCCAGAGUCUGAGAUUAGCAGGGUGGCUGAAUGGGCCAUUCAGAAGCUGGGUUUGUCCCAGUACGCCAACUACAGCGCUGGCACAUACAGCGGGGGGAACAAGCGCAAACUCUCCACAGCCAUCGCUAUGAUUGGCUGCCCAGCCCUGCUGCUACUGGAUGAGCCCACUACAGGUAUGGAUCCCCACUCCCGCCGCUUCCUCUGGAACUCCAUCAUGAGUGUCAUCCAGGACGGACGCGCCGUGGUACUCACUUCACACAGCAUGGAGGAGUGUGAGGCCCUCUGCACUCGUCUGGCCAUCAUGGUCAAUGGAACCUUCAAGUGUCUGGGCACCAUCCAGCACCUCAAGUACAAAUUUGGUGACGGCUACGUGGUGACCAUGAAGAUCCGGGCGGCCAAGGAGGGCGUGCGUCCCAACCUGAACCUGGCCGAGGCCUUCAUGGAGAGCACGUUCCCGGGCUGCGUGCAGAAGGAGAAGCACUACAACACGCUGCAGUACGAGAUCGCCACCUCCUCCCUUGCACGCAUCUUCCAGCUCAUGCUGGCCAACAAGGAGCGGCUACACAUCGAGGACUACUCCGUCUCCCAGACCACUCUGGACCAGGUGUUUGUGAACUUUGCCAAGCUGCAGUGCAGGGAGGAGCACUCCAUGGUCCUCCACCCGAGGGCCGCGGGGGCCAGGCGCGAGUUCAAGGUCUUGCCGGUCAGAGCCAAGAACUGAGGAGCGCAGCCCAGCCGAGGGGAGACCGAGAGCCGGGGCCUGGAGGGGAGGCAGAGGCAACGGCAAAGGCAAAGGCCUGCUCUCUGACUCAGAGAGGACAUCUGGACCUGCGAGCUCCCCUUAUCCUCUGACAUUACACUUCCUUUCCCUCCUCUACUGUUGGUGCUGCUGCUGCUGCUGGUUCUGCUGCUUCAGUUGCUUCAAGCCCUGUCUGAAUCCAGAAUCUUCACGUGUUCACUAUCCAGUAGCCUGAUAAUCAUCGACUUUCUAAUCUGUUCGAGACUUGGUCUGACCAAUAGCAUAACAAUGAACAUUUCCCAAACGGCAUGGUCCACCCGCCUCCCUAGGUUUGCUGCUGAUUGAUUGUUUUCCUGCAAAGUGGGUGGAGUUCCCGAUUUUUCGGGAGAUCAGAAACGAUAUUUACAUUGCUCUUGGCCUGAAUAGAAGCAACGUCAAAUGUGUUGCAUCACUAGGAGGGUGUGGCCUGGCUACUAUCCAGUGCUCUAUGUAGGAAACUGAACUUUUUAACUCACACCUACUAUGCACAAUGUAGACAAUAAGUGCAAAUGAGUGGGAUGUGUGGGCACAUCCCUUUUGUAGAGGAGUUUCUGAGACAAGACAAUUUCUCAAAGACUGUCCCAUUGCGAGACUUGCGUACUCUAGUGUGUGUUGCGUUGCGCCGCACCGCACCACACCACAGACUUCUAAGAUUGCUUUGAACUGCUCAUGCCAAGGAUAUGUCUCUGAUCUCUCUGUCUGCACAGUUGGGUCGGGUUGAGAUGGGUUGUGUUUGGAUUAGCCUAGCAAGUGUGUAAGCUGCGAGACAGAGACAGAGAGAGAGAGAGAGACCCAUGAGUGCAAGAAAGCAAAUGAGUCAGACGCUCGUGUAUAGCUUUGCUGAUUAGCACUUUAUUGAAAUCAAUCAACUUGUUUUUUUUUCUACCAAUGCGCUUUUUGAUGAAGAGAAUUUGAAUAGUGCAAUAGUUUUAUUGUAUUGAGACUGCUCUUGCCAAGGAGGUGUUAUUUUCUAUGCCUCUGAAUACUUGAUGAAACAGUAGAAAAGGCUUUUCAUUGCACAACAUUGCUUGAUCAGGACGUUAUUUCCCCUGGACUGUCCCACCGGGCAUAUCUGAUGAUGAUGAAAACGAUUCCAUAAAAGAAAUUGAUUGA